AUGACCUUUCAAAGGCUGUGGCAGCGCUUGAAACGAUUCCUUCUGUGCUGUAAAAGCAGUUCCUCUAGAGGCUCUCGGCUGCCAGCGCCGGUCCUCGAGGCAGGGCCAGACACACCGCCAUGGCCACCACAAGACAUCCUGAACCACCGCGUUGCUUACAUGGCGCAGAUCCGCGCCCGACCACCGCGAGCAAUCAAAGGCACUGAGCGGGACACUGCUCUGCACUGUCUAUAUCGCAUAUACGAGCAUCUUGUCCUCGACGAUACAAUCGGCUAUCGGAAUGAGAUCGAGUACUUCUGGCAUCAUCGUGGAUGGCCCGUCGCUGAUAUACCCGACCCAAAGGAUAGCGAUCCAGCUCGCUAUGCAUUUCUGUCUGGUAUUCCGCAGCUUCUUGUGCGAGCGUUCAACAACAAUAUCGGCAUUGGUCUUGCCAGGUACACUCCCGCUAUCAUCAGCCCUGAGGAGGCUGAAGCUCUACAGAAGACACCAGAGCACUUGAAGAAUUACGAAACGGUGCCGGCGUGGACGCUGCGAGUGAAGCCUUUGUCCAAGGUCCUGUCAAUCCCGAUGAUGUACGGACCGGAUUUACAGCUCCCAUUGGAUACAGAGCUCGACCUGACGUUCCGGAAGUUGAACAUACGACUUGGCGUGCCUCAUGUUUCAUUCACCUAG